AGCGACUCUUCUUUCUACAUAUCCACCAAGCGUAAGCCUGAGGAUUGAAACCAAAGUAAAGAAGCAAACAAACAUAAAACUUAUAUAUAUAAAUUAAUAUAUAUCUUUUUCAAAAAAGCGACUACACGGUUUGAUUUCUUUGUCGUAGCAAUCCAUUUCCAGAAAUUUCACGCGCGAUUUCUUUAUACAUUUUCUGAUUAUCUGCUUCUUCUUUCUUGGUUUGUUUUUCUUUUGUAUUUUUAUGAUUUUUAUUGGUUGGUGUAGUUUGUAUUGAUCUUGAGGUGGUUUAGUUUGAGUUUGGUUAAACCGGCGGCGAUGCCGACACCGGUAAGCACGGCGAGGCAAUGUUUAACGGAAGAAACAGCACGUGCCUUAGACGAUGCAGUAGCCGUCGCGCGUAGAAGAAGCCACGCACAAACGACGUCGCUUCACGCCGUUUCCGGUCUCUUAACGAUGCCUUCAUCGAUUCUCCGUGAAGUGUGCAUUUCACGCGCCGCCCACGGCACGCCUUACUCUUCCCGUCUCCAGUUUCGCGCGCUGGAGCUCUGCGUCGGCGUAUCUCUCGACAGGCUCCCUUCCUCGAAACAACCAACGGCGGCGGAGAACGAAGUUGUGGAGCCGCCGGUAUCGAACUCGCUCAUGGCGGCGAUCAAACGUUCUCAGGCGACUCAGAGAAGGCAUCCCGAGACUUAUCACCUCCAUCAAAUCCACGGGACUACUCAAACGACGUCGGUUUUGAAGGUCGAGCUUAAGUACUUCAUACUAUCCAUCCUUGAUGACCCGAUUGUGAGUCGGGUAUUCGGCGAAGCUGGGUUUCGAAGCACCGACAUCAAGCUCGACGUACUUCAUCCUCCGGUGACGCAAUUCGCUUCGCGAUUUCCGCGAUCUCGUUGUCCGCCUCUCUUUCUCUGUAAUCUCCCGGAAUCUGAUUCGGGUCGGGCUAGAUUCGGGUUUAGCGGCGAUUUCGACGAGAAUUGUAGGAGAAUCGGAGAAGUUUUGGGUCGGAAAGAUAAGAAGAAUCCUCUGCUCGUCGGAAUCUACGGUGGUGAAGCUCUGAAAACGUUCGCUGAUUCGAUUAACAGAGGAAAGUUAGGGUUUUUGCCUCUGGAGAUUAGUGGAUUAAGCGUAAUCAGUGUAGAGAAAGAGAUUAGUGAGGUUUUAGUCGAUGAAUUAGUAAGAAUCGUGGAAGGAAACUGCUCGAGAUCGAAAUCAGGGAUGGUACUAAAUCUGGGAGAUCUCAAGGUCUUGACCGGCGAGGAAUUUUCCGGUAAUGCUCUCGUGACGAAGCUCUCUGAUCUGUUGAAGAUUCACCGCGAGAGACUCUGGUUCAUCGGGAGUGUUUCGAGCAACGAGACGUAUCUGAAGCUGAUCGAGAGGUUUCCGACGAUCGACAAUGACUGGAAUCUUCAUCUUCUUCCGAUUACAUCUUCGAGCCAAGGGGCUUACCCAAAAUCAAGAAUCCGAACAAGACAAAGGGAUGAUUCUCAGAAAGUGCAGGCUAAAGAUGAUCCAAACGCAUUAGCCUCUAAGAUUCCUUCUCUUCAGAAGAAAUGGGACGACAUUUGUCAGAGGAUCCAUCAAACUCCGGCGUUUCCUAAGCUCAGUUUCCAGCCAGUGAGACCUCAGUUCCCUCUCCAACUUGUUUCUUCGACGUCAGGGAGCUUUCAGGGGAUGGUGGCUCAAGCGCAGAACCCGCCGCACCAACCCGGUUUAUCGGUUAAAAUCUUGAAGCCAAAGCAAACGGAGGAUCUCGCGAGCCGCAAAACGAACUCUCCUAUGAGCUGUGUGACGACGGAUCUAGGGCUUGGAACAAUCUACGCAUCGAAGAAAAACCGGGAAUCGAGCACACCGGUAUCUCUUGACCGGAGAGACCUUGAGAAACCUUUCUUUGCGGUUUCGAGAUAUUGCAAAGACUUCAAGUCUCUGAGAGAGUUACUCUCUCGGAAAGUCAGCUUGCAGAAGGAAGCUGUGAGUGCGAUUAGCGAGAUCAUCUGCGGAUACAGAGAUGAUGAUUCCAGGAGGAGAAGCCACAGUGUUUGGCUAGCUCUUCUUGGACCUGAUAAAGUCGGGAAGAAGAAAGUAGCAGAAGCUCUCGCUGAGGCCUUGUUCGGUGGCCAAGAAAGCUGCAUCUGCGUUGAUUUCAAGGCGCAGGACCGUCUUGACGAUAGGUUCAGAGGGAAAACAGUCGUUGAUUACAUAGCCGGAGAAGUGGCGAAGCGUGCGGAGUCUGUUGUUUUCGUCGAAAACGUGGAGAAAGCCGAGUUCCCUGAUCAGAUCAGAUUGUCUGAUGCUGUGAGAACCGGGAAACUCCGUGACUCGCACGGAAGAGAGAUCAGUAUGAAGAAUGUUAUAGUUGUUGUUACUACUACUUCCGGGAUUGAUAAAGACAGUGAUUGCCAAGAACCUGUCAAGUACUCCGAGGAAAGAGUUCUCAGCGCAAGAAACUGGAAACUUCAGAUAAAACUAGCCGACAAUACUUCAAAUGGUAACAAGAAUGGUGUAAAUAAGAGAAGACAGGAGGAGUCAGAAACAGAAGUUACAGAGCAUCGAGCUCUCAAGUCUCAACGUUCGUUUCUUGAUUUGAAUCUUCCGGUGGAUGAGACUGAAGCAAACGCAGAGGAGGCUUGUGCAAUGUCAGAGAACACGGAAGCUUGGCUUGAGGAUUUUGUGGAGCUUGUAGAUGGGAAAGUGACGUUCAAGAUGAUUGACUUUGAUGGGUUAGCCAAGAACAUAAAAAGGAACAUACUUUUGCAAUUUCAUCGGUCUUUUGGACCUGAAACACAUCUAGAGAUCGAAAACGAUGCGAUCCUUCAGAUUCUAUAUGCCUUAAGAUGGUCAUCAAAUGAAGAGGGGGCAUUUGAUCAGUGGCUGCAAACUGUUCUUGCUUCAAGCUUCGCUGAAGCGAGACAAAAGUAUUGUUCCACUACUUCCUUCACUGUGAAACUUGUCGCCUCCAGAGAUUCUACGGCUGAAGAGGAAACCGCCGGAGUACAGUUUCCGGCGAGAGUCGAAGUGAUCUGAUUAUUUCUGUUUUUAUCUCAUAUUAUAUGUGGUGGUGAUGAUAGUUAUAUAGGUCUCCUUGAGAGUUUUGUCAUCGGCUUUGGUUUGAGUUUGUGCCUUGUCACUAAAUGUAUAUUAUAGGCUUAAACUGUGGUACAUAGCUUUUAAAUGAGUGUCAAAUUACCACAGCUUUUGGUUUAGCCUUUUUAGGCAUCUCUUCUAAUUUUUUGUUGUUGUUUUUUUUACCAUAAUUUCGAUUAUUCUAUCGGUGAAUAUAUUCAUAUAACGAUAUAUACUAUCAGUUUCAUAUUAGGCUUCUGCAUUUUUUCAGUGUGCUAAAUUUGUAAGAAAGACAAAC